GCCGGCUGAUAGCUGGGAGUGAUCCCUCCUCAUCGUCGUCCUUCUCUGCCUCUCAACAGUCGUCGGCGUUUGGCCAUCAUAUGCUCUAACAUUUUCUUGAUAAGAGAGCACCCCGUCGUUGUUGUUCCCCACCGAGGCAAAGCCCAACAUUAAGUGAAGCACAGUGAUGGCGACGUACCAGGAGUUCAUUCAACAAAACGAAGACAGGGAUGGGGUGAGAUUCAGCUGGAACCUUUGGCCGUCCAGCCGACUGGAGGCCACCCGGCUGGUGGUCCCCGUCUCCUGCCUCUUCACACCCCUAAAGGAGAGGCCCGACCUACCACCCGUCCAGUAUGAACCUGUUCUAUGCAGCCGGGCCAACUGCAAAGCAGUGCUGAACCCACUCUGUCAAGUGGACUUCAGAGCAAAAAUAUGGGCAUGCAACUUCUGCUUUCAGAGAAACCCAUUCCCUCCGUCAUAUGCUGGUAUCUCAGAAAUGAACCAACCAGCUGAACUGAUGCCUCAGUUUUCUACCAUUGAGUACAUAGUGCAGCGUGGACCUCCAUCCCCUCUGGUCUUCCUCUAUGUGGUGGACACCUGUCUGGAAGAGGAGGACCUUCAGGCCCUGAAAGAGUCCCUCCAGAUGUCCCUCAGCCUCCUGCCGCCCAACGCCCUGGUGGGCCUGAUCACAUUUGGACGCAUGGUCCAGGUUCACGAGCUCAGCUGUGAAGGCAUUGCCAAGAGUUAUGUGUUCAGAGGCACCAAGGACCUGUCCUCCAAACAGAUCCAGGAGAUGCUUGGUUUGACCAAGCCCGGGACAGCAGGACCCCAAGGUCGCCCAGCGGCUCCUCAGGAAGCUGCUGCCUCCUGCAGGUUCCUCCAGCCUGUGCACAGAGUUGACAUGAAUCUGACUGACCUGCUGGGUGAGCUUCAGAGAGAUCCCUGGCCCGUCCCUCAGGGCAAACGUCCUCUCCGCUCCACCGGGGUCGCUCUGUCUGUGGCUGUGGGUCUGUUGGAGGGUACUUUCCCUAACACGGGGGCUCGAGUGAUGCUGUUCAUCGGAGGCCCUCCCACCCAGGGCCCAGGCAUGGUCGUGGGUGACGAGCUGAAAACACCUAUCCGCUCUUGGCAUGACAUCCAGAAGGACAACGCUCGUCAUCUGAAGAAAGCCACCAAGUACUAUGAGGCACUUGCUAACCGCUCAGCAGUGAACGGCCACAGUAUUGACAUCUACGCCUGUGCCCUGGACCAGACUGGACUCCUGGAGAUGAAGUGUUUAUCUAAUCUCACUGGAGGCCACAUUGUGAUGGGAGACUCCUUCAACACGUCUCUGUUCAAGCAAACCUUCCAGAGAGUCUUCAGUAAGGACUAUAAUGGAGACUUCCGCAUGGCCUUCGGAGGUGUUCUGGAAGUCAAGACAUCCAGGGAGCUGAAGGUCUGUGGAGCCAUUGGACCCUGUGUUUCACUCAACUCCAAAGGAUCCUGUGUUUCAGAGACUGAGAUGGGCAUCGGUGGCACAAGCCAGUGGAAAGUGUGCAGCCUCACUCCCUCCACCACUUUAGGCCUUUACUUUGAAGUGGUCAACCAGCACAACGCCCCCAUCCCACAGGGUGGACGAGGAGCGAUACAGUUCGUUACCCAGUACCAGCACUCCAACACACAGAGGAGGAUACGGGUCACCACCAUUGCCAGGAACUGGGCAGAUGCACAGUCUCAGAUUCAGCACAUUGAGACCUCGUUUGACCAGGAAGCUGCCGCUGUCCUCAUGGCCCGUCUGGGAGUUUUUAGAGCUGAGUCGGAGGAGGGGCCGGAUGUUCUGCGUUGGCUGGACAGGCAGCUCAUUCGCCUGUGUCAGAAGUUUGGACAGUUCAACAAAGAAGAUCCUUCGUCCUUCAAGCUGUCAGAGUCUCUGUCCCUCUACCCACAGUUUAUGUUCCACCUGCGCCGGUCACCGUUCCUGCAGGUCUUUAACAACAGCCCCGAUGAGUCUUCCUACUACAGACACCACUUUGUCACUCAGGACCUGACCCAGUCCCUGAUCAUGGUCCAGCCCAUUCUCUACUCGUACUCCUUCCAUGGACCACCAGAGCCUGUUCUCCUGGACAGCAGCAGCAUCCUGCCCGACCGUAUCCUGUUGAUGGACACUUUCUUCCAGCUGGUCAUCUACCAUGGAGAGACCAUAGCCCAGUGGCGAAAGGCCAGAUACCAGGAGAUGCCGGAGUAUGAGAACUUCAAGCAGCUGCUUCAGGCUCCUCUAGACGAUGCCCAGGAGAUCCUACAGACACGGUUCCCCAUGCCGCGCUACAUCGACACAGAGCAUGGCGGCUCUCAGGCUCGCUUCCUGUUGUCUAAAGUCAAUCCAUCACAGACGCAUAACAACCUCUACGCCUGGGGACAGGAGACUGGAGCUCCCAUCCUCACUGAUGACGUCAGCCUGCAGGUCUUCAUGGACCAUCUGAAGAAACUGGCCGUUUCCAGCUCUGCAUAAAUGUCUCUAGUCCAACACUGAGCAAAGACUGAGGCGACAUUCCUGGUAUUUUUUUUAUUUUUUUUAUUUUUUUUUUUUUGGGAAUCCAUCAACAUUUCUCUUAUGUAUCAGUAAAGGAGCCAAACCCACAGUCUGUUUUAUUUCUCCUGCUAUCCUGACUUUAUUUUAUUAUUUUUCUCUAUUUUUGAGUCAUGUGACACAAACAUCACAUUCCUCACUUACAGAAAAACUUCUGUUCAUUUUCUUUUAACUUGUUUAUUUAUAAUGAAAAAAAGGCUCCUUUACUGUGUCCUCAUGAAGCAAUACCAACGUCUUUAUAACUGUUUUGUAUCUGACCUCAGCGCUGACCUGCAGGAUGAUUCAACUAAUGACUAAAUGUUUCUUUGUUUGUGAACUUAUUGCAUCACAAAUGGUUUGAAGGUAUUGUUAAUAAGACGUGUGAGUGUAUGUGUGUGUGAGUGUGUGUGCGGGCGCGCAUGUGUGUGUAAAUGCUUUGUCUAUAGCUAAGGAUGAAAUGACUAGAUUUUUUUUUUCUCAUGAAUAAAUUAUAAUGGUACCUUUAAUACUGGUUGUCAAAUGUUGACGUCUAACUGAAUACUUAGGAAAAACACAAAUUGCUUGUACCUUUAGAAAAAAAUGGAGAAAACUUCUCAUGUUUUGAGAAAAACAGAAGCCGGUCACAGAGACCGCCUCUGCUUUCAGUGACAAACUGAAGUUAUUUUUAACUUAAAUCAUCCCAACACGUUGCUCAUCUGGGAUUUUACACCAGAUCACUGGUCCAGUGUCAGUGUAAUCAGAGUGUGAUAUAAAUACUAUACCAUGUGUCGAACCAUGUGGAGGAGGAGUCACUUGUCUGAUUUUAAUCUGUCCUACAGUCUGCUGGCCCUAUUAAAAAA